UUAAAAAAGAAGGGCGAGGCAACUACUGUAGCACAUUUUGAAGUGGCCUGCCUACUUUCUAUAGCCUGGAAACUAUGACUAUGGGUUUUUUUCCUUACCAUAUUGUUAAGACAUAGGCUACAUUGUAACCACGAUGUUUCUGUCCGUAGAGUGUCUAAUUUAGAUUGUUGCAGCAUAUGUUUAUGCAGUCAUACCAUAUUCAACUAAAUUUAAAGACGUGAGAUGUUUUUUAAUUGUUUGACUUUACAUAAGGCGAGUGAAAAAAAAUGAAAGUGUGUUUCGUCGUGUGUGUGCUGAGCAGCAUGGUAGUUUCUUGUUUGGGAGAAAAUAGUCGUUUCGAGAAGUCAUUCAACUAUUCCCCGGGAAUGGUGCAAGUCCUCCGGGAGACACUCACGGAUUUGUCCGAGGAGGCGCACGGUUACCUGGUCCACCUUGUCGGGGCGCGGUCCGUUGAAACUGCACAGAAGUGUUUCUUUCAGGUGGUCAGGUAUCUGGCUGAGGCAGCGGCCAUUGGAGCGAAUGUGGUUAUGAAGUACCUCACCCAGUUCCUGAGGGCAGCAGGAAUCGAUGUUGAAAUGCCUGUUAACAGUAUCACCCCAGAUGCUGUGGUCUAUAUCGGUCAAUGGCUUCUGCUGGCUCUCAUUGGCUACUGGCUGCUGUCUCUGGCCUUCCGAUUGGUGGCGUCCACUCUGAGGAGGGUCCUGUGGCUACUGAAGCUGGGUGUGGUUUUAGGACUGUUCGGCCUGAUCCUAAGUGACCGCAGCGCUGGAACAGAGACUACUGCGCUGCGUUUGGCCGGCCUGGUGAGCGUCUGCGUCCUAUUGGGUAUCGGGCAUUCUGACACCGGGGGUGACAAGACCGACCUGGAGGAUCAAGUAAGGGUGCUAGAGAGACGAGUGAGAGAAAUGGAGAGGAGGAAAGAGGAGUGAGGGAGGGAGUGAGGGAUGGAGAAGGUGGAUGGAUGGGAACUGAAAGGCCUUGUUUUGUAUAUAAUCUAGGUCUAGGAUUGUAAUAAUGACUUU